UUAAUCAUUUUUUUUUUUUCGAACGUUUACAUAAUCACUGAAAUGUUUUAAAAAUAUUACCUAUCUGUUUUUUUUUUUUUUUUUCGUGCAAUAAAUUUUUUGUUUUAAAGGAAGAAAAAAAAUGAACAUAUCUCGUAGACUUGGAGUGAUUGUUGAUCGUGCAUGUGCCUUAAAAAAUACAUUAUUUACACCAAAAUAUUUAUUUUACACAAAUGUUGGUAUAUCAGUAUCACUGUCAGCAGUUGGUGAUAUUUUGGAGCAACACUAUGAGAUACUAAAGAAUGAGUGGCCUGAAUGGAGUGCAAAAAGAACUCAACACAUGGCAAUAUCUGGUAUGACAGUUGGCAUAAUAUGUCAUCAUUGGUAUAGAUAUCUUGAUGCUCGUUUACCAGGAAGAACAAUUAAUAUUGUUAUUAAAAAAGUUAUUGUUGAUCAGCUCAUUUGUUCACCAUUAUACAUAGGAGUAUUUUUUUUGACACUUGGUAUUUUAGAAAAUACAAGCUGGCCUGAAUUAAAAGCAGAAAUUCGUAAAAAAGCAUAUAAGUUAUAUGCUGCUGAAUGGAUUGUUUGGCCACCAGCACAAAUUAUUAAUUUUUAUUUUUUACCAACGAGAUAUCGUGUACUUUAUGAUAACACAAUAUCACUUGGUUAUGAUAUUUACACGAGUCAAGUUAAACAUUCAUAAACGACUAAAUAAAAUUACUGCACAAAUUUAAUUUUAAUAUUUGCUUUUUUUUUUUCUUUUGAUAAUUUCUGCUGGCGGAAUUUAAAUAAUUAUUUAAACUUUGUUUUGUUUUUUUUUUAUUUAAAUGUAUUUACAUUUAAUAAAUUAAAAUAGUACAAAAAAAUAAUAAUAAA